ACCACCUCGGCCCGCGUCCGCCACUCAUGUCCCUUCUGGGCCGGCUUCUCGGUGCUGCUGUCAGGAUUGAUUGGUGUUGUUUCAUGGAAGAGGCCCCUUUCACUUGUGAUAACCUUUUUCAUGCUGCUCUCUGCAGUGUGUGUAAUGCUGAAUUUAGCUGGUUCCAUUCUUUCUUGUCAGAAUGCUCAGCUAGUAAAGUCCCUGGAAGGAUGUCAGUUGAUUAAAUUUGACAGUGAUGGUGUCUGUGUUUGCUGUGAGAUGCAGCAUCAAACGUCAGGUUGCAGUAACCUUGGAGAAAUGCUGAAACUGAACCCCCUGCAGGAAUGUAAUGUUGUGAGGUUGACCCUAAAGGACCUGUUGUUCAGUGUGUGCGCUCUCAAUAUCAUCUCCACCAUUGUCUGUGCUUUGGCAACAGCGAUGUGUUGCAUGCAGAUGGUUUCUUCUGAUCUUCUGCAAAUGUUUCUGCCGCAGCGGCCACAUUCUGCCAAUGCAGACUGCAUGACUCCACAUGGGACAGUUCUGCAUCAGACUUUGGAUUUUGAUGAGUUCAUCCCACCAAUACCACCUCCACCCUACUACCCACCAGAAUAUACCUGCACACCUGUGGUAGAGGCACAGAGCAGAAGUCUCCAUUUGGAAUUUCCUCAUUCUCCAUUCAGUGCUUUAUAUGAAGUCACCAUUAACAGCCCAGGAAUGCUGUAUCCAACUGAGCUGCCACCUCCUUAUGAGGCAGUGAUUGGAGAAACACCUGCCAGUCAGGUCACUGGUACUGAUCAGCAAGUAUCUGAAUCAAGCUUGGGGGAGAGGAAUGCGACUCCGGGCUUCAGCACACAAGUUUCUGUUGAGAGCACCUCAUUGAUAACCUCUGAAACUGCUGAAAUCCCAGACCACAGCUGCUCCUCUGAAGAUCUUUGUUCGCUGGAAGUUCAAGGAUCUCUUCGUUCUUCAGAUUUUUCUCCCUCCUGUACAAACUGCAAAGGGGCUGCAGGCCAGAGCUGCAACAGUCUGGACUGCAGCACCCGCUGUAGGUUCCAUAGAACUCGCUCAGAAGGUUUUCCUGAUGAGGAUGUCAGUUUGCACAGCAGAAUCUCUAUGGACAAGUCUCAAGGACAGGAAAAUGAAAACUCUGCCCACGGCAGAUCCUCAGACUGUUCCUCAGAGAAUUUCAACCCCUCAGAAAGAGAACUGCAGAGUACUGCUCAAGAAGGCAGUGUCUCGUCACAUUUGAAACAAAUGAAAAUCUGCUGUGGGGUCUUUAGCCAGCCUUCUGUCCCUUCCCACACCGCUCCCUGUUUUGGGCCUGCAAAUACUUCAUCAUAUGCACGCAGUUCUGAGAGUACUGUCCAGCAGCAUCACGUUACAAAACACCGCAUUUCAAAUAUUGUCCGAUCAACCAGUGAUCCUGUAUCAUGUUCGUCUUAUCUAGAAGGUGAUCAUUGUGCCUGGAGUCCUAUAUGUAGACAGCAUCAAGAUGCAGGAUCUUCAGCCACAUUAGAAACAGUUCCUGUUUCUGGUUCUCAUGUGGCUGCCUCUGCUUGUCAGCAUUCUUUGAGCAGUUUCCUACCAACUGGAAAACAGAGGGAUACAAGGAACAUUGAUCUACACUUAAAGCCAAGGGCUUUGCAAACAGUCUCAAAAGAACGACCACACUCUUUAGUGGACCUUAAGGCCUAUAAAGAUACAAAAAUUUUAGUGGCAAAAUUUUUGGAACAUUCAAACUGUAAUCUCCCUCCAGAAGUACGUCAUGUAGUGAACAGUAUACGAUCAGUAAUAAAAUCUGAUGAGAGACACAUGGAAGAAGCCAUCUUCAGUGCCAAUAUUAUAGACCAGGUAAUUACAAGUUCCCAGCUGGGUGUGAAUACCUCUAGAAAGCGACUUCAGGAAGACCUUCAUCUUCAGAGUUGUGGUGCUCUGAGCUCUCCAGUGGCCUUCUUACGCAGGUCCCGUAUCACUCGCAGUUUAGAGCGGGACAGGCCUCGCAGUUUAAUUGGAGUUUGCCAGGAGACCAGCCUUUGAAAAUACUGACAGGUAUGUGAUUCCAGCAGAGAGAAUUAAGGAAGAAACCAGGACUGGGAGAAAUGCGAGUAGUGGAUGGCUUAAAAAGGAAGAAGUGUCUUCCUUUGGAAUUCUACUUUUUUUCCAACAGCAGGAAGAGAACACCUGUUUUUCUGAAUGUAAAUUUCAGCCCUGAAUUUUGAAAAAAAAAAAUAACUGAUUUAUUAGUAAACUCAUAACAAAUGUUUUCCCGACCAGGAAUGCAUAUAUUUCACUGUACUUAUAGAAAUGCUGCUGAUGCUGUCUAGCAUUUCUUCAAAACCAUUGCAAAACCACCACAGACUGGCUGUACAACUUAGAAGUUGUAUUUAUUUAAUGUACCUCAAGGUGUUUUAACUACUAUCAGUGUUUUAAUAAAAAGUAUUUCUGGACUUUGCUUUUUCAACAACUGAUUUGGAUAGAACUGUAAAGAUGAUUGAUAUGCACAGAGUGCUGCUUCUAAUUCAUUUUUCCUGUGUCUUACAUGCCAGGCUAACUGAUCUGCUGUAUUAUUCUUUCCCUCUUAACUUCUGCAAUGUGUUGCCCCUUUAAAUAAUACAGAAGGCUGUGGUGUGGUUUAUUUUUACUUUGUUCUCAAUGGUCAUGAGGUUGUUAGUGGAGUAGCACAUGCUACUGAAAACUGACGUUUUAGGUACUCUGUGAAUUGUGGCCAACAGGUGCAUUAGGGAAGAAUGAAAUGGCUGAAAUUCUGCAUUUCCAAUAAGGUUUUCUAAGCUUGUAAACAUCAGGUGAUCAGAAACAAGAUGAAUUUUUAUCUAGCAGAGCCAUGAACAAUUGCAAAAAGAAUUGUUAUGCCAAUUAGUAGUUUGAACAUUUGUAUUACUAAAACAUUUCCUUGUGGCUCUGCUGCAUUUUUAUUUGAAUUAUCUUAGGGAAAAGAAAAAAAAGGUAAGUAUUGUUCACGCUAAUUUGAUUACCAGCAUAAACAGAGCUCUACCAGCUCUUCCGGUGCAAGAUUAAUCCUGGCUCUCUCAGAGGAAAAUGGAAAGGCCUCAAACAACAAGAUUCUCUUAAAGAACCUACCACAAGUUUUGAUGUUUCAGGGUUUUAAUUUUUUUGCAGCAGUGCUUGUCAGUAGCAUUACAGUUUCCGUUUGAGGUUUAGUCAUAUACUGCUUUCAUUUGUGUCAUUCUGAGCUGGGCUGACGUCCUUUGAAAAGGUCACAAAGGAAUGUAG